CCCCAAUCCAACCCAGCAGCCUUCAUUUGUUUUGCGGCACCCUGCUUUCCUCAAGCAGCUUUUUACUCUAGGUAGUGUCCCAAGACAUUAACCUGCACUUUGAGCCAUUCACUUUCUGUUCGCUCGUCACUCAACCUGCAGAGAUAGUCUGCGUACCUAGCAUGGCUUUCCAGUCUAUCAUGGAGGUCUCGGGCAUGACCGCCACCACUCUUGCCACCACCAUCUUCAGUGCCAUCUCUGCCUAUACAUUAACGCGUGUUAUUUACUUGCUGUACUUUCAUCCACUGUCCCAUUUCCCAGGGCCGAGACUCGCCGCCAUUUCCAACCUCUGGUAUGCCUACCACUGGUUCUCCGGGAGGUGGCCCUGGGCGAUCGAGAAGGUAUUGCACAAGUACGGGUCGGUUGUCCGGAUCGCGCCAAAUGAGCUCGCUUUCUUCACGCCCCAGGCAUUCACCGACAUCUACUCGCCGCAGCACAAGAACCUGGAGGUCUUCGUCAAGACCAACUUCCAGAAUCGCGGCAAGGACCUCGGUGGCCUCAUCUGGGAAGAAGAUCCCGUACGGCAUCGUAACGUAGCCAGACAGAUCGCCCCGGCGUUCAGCACUCGGUUCCUGCGGACCCUAGAGCCCAUCAUGCACGAGCAUAUGGACUACUUUGUGGCGAGGAUGAAGGAGAUCUCUAUGGAUCGAAACAUCAUUGGCGUGCCGCUAGUAAGAUGGACCAAUUGGUUGGCUAUGGAUAUGUCGGCCGACUUGGCUUGGAACGAAAAGAUGCACCAGAUGAGAGACAUGAAAGAUUCGGUGAAUCUCGAUGUGUUGCUCAGUUUCAAUUCCUUCGCGACCGUUCUUCAAGUGUUUAAGCGCUUCCCUCUCAUCAGCCCGCUUCAGUACCUAUUCGCGCCCUUCGGCAAGAUCACGCUAUUUGCCCAGAUGGAGAAGGCAACACGGCAUAGUGUGCUCCGUCGUAUUGAACAAAGAGGUCGUACGGAGCAUCCAGACUACUUUGAUUACAUCUUACCGGUAGAUGCUCCCUGCCCAUCAAGCAAAAAGGAGCUCCUUCAUAUAGGAUCCGUUUCAUUGCAAGUAAUGUUUGCUGGUUGGGGGCCCAUGGCAGACCUGUUCUACGGUGUCCUCGUGCUUUUACUCGAGAACCCCGAGACUCAUCAACUCUUGACCAAGGAAAUCAGGGAGAGUUUCUCAAGCUACGAGGAGAUCAUACCGGGGAAACCGUUGACGUCCCUGUCUUACCUUCACGCCUGUAUCGAAGAGGCGUUACGUAUGCUUCCCAGCAACAAUACAGGUCUGCCACGAAUUAGUCCGGGGGCUAUGGUGGAUGGGCAAUACAUUCCUAAAGGAACUCAUGUACAGUCCUGUAUCUGGGCUCUAGCACGGCAUCCGGACUACUUCCAUCAGCCACUCCGCUUCCAGCCUCAACGCUGGCUCCCUGCUUCCCAUCCGCUAUACGACCCGGAAUUUGCUAAUGAUCACCUCAAGAGCCUGCACCCUUUCAGUCUCGGCCCGAGAAUCUGCAUGGGCCGAGAAAUGGCGUGGACUCAGGCGAAGCUGUUCUUGGCUAAAGUCCUCUGGAAGUUUGAUGUGUUCGAGGUCGAAGGGCAGGGCUUUGAUCUGGAGAAAAACUUGCUUCACUACGGCUUCUUUGAAAAACCGGAGAUGUAUGUCAGAUUUGUCUCUGUUUCGCGAUGAAAGACAAACGAUAUGGGCGUUCUUCGUCCCGCGGACGGAACCCCCGGACGGAGAAUCGUUAGCCUUGUCGGUGGAAGAUUCCUGCUUCACCAAGCGGCUUCCACCAUUUCCACCAGCGGCGUCCUUGUUCUUGGUCUCGAAAGGAAGAGAACGGCGUUUGGAGGGGGCUGUCAGCGCGGGCUCGUCAUCC